ACUCAUAGCGGGGGAGAGAACAGUUUAUAACAGUUUAGUAAGCUUGUACAAAGUGAAGACGACGCUGCGUAGAAUGAUUGCUUGGUAAUUGAAAACAUGUGAAAACUACAAAUGCUGCCAUUUUCAUUCCACCAUGCCGCUAAUCACCAGGUGUCUAUGUUGGGACGAUCUGCGAAGCGGUGCCCAGGCAACAGCUAUAUAUACAGUGGUAUUCUCUCUGAUUGGCAUCUUCAUAUUUAUUUACUAUCUGAGUUUCUAUGGCAGUAAAAUGGAAGAUGAUUCCACGGCAGCCAUAAUAUAUAAGCUGUGGUUUGUCAUGGUGUUUGUUUACGCUCUAGUGUUCAUUGUGGCGGUCAUUCUCAUGGUUGGUGUACAAAACGAUCAGAAGAAUUUACUGUUACCUUAUCUAUUUUACAUGGUAUUUUACAUGUUUGCUGACGCUGGUGUCAAUGCAUACGUUUAUAUUGUAGGGGGAUCAACCAGUAUCAAUGUGUUCAAUCUUUCAUUAUGUGUUGUACGUGAAGCAAUAACAUUCUGGUGUGAAUUGUGUAUCUUUUCAUUAUAUCAACUAUUAAUAUCAGCAGAGAAUGCGAGAGCGAAAGAUGCAAUGUCUCGCGAAUGUCAGGUUUCGACGAUCACCCUCAACGACAAACUUUGUGUAUCUCCAGAAAAAUUACCUGACACCGGUCAGAGGGGGCGCUCGUACAAUCAACAGAAAAAUUGCAAGUUCAAUUCGGGGCCAAACCAAAACGACGUGUUUGAUGAAUUAUUCCGCCCGAGAAGUGCAUUAUCUGCCCGUGAUGUUCGACUGUUGUCAACCCCAACGCCGUCUCCAUCAUUGCAGUUUGACUUUGGCUCUACGGGGUCGAUGAGAAGCGGUGUCGAGGGUCAAGAACAACUCGAGCCUCCCGUAACACCUGACACAAAAUCUCGUCGAAAAUAUGAUAUUGGUCAGUCGGCGAGAAACUCAAAACAGGUGAAUGUUGAAGUUCACCAAGGACAUUACAGGGAAUUGGACACUGUUGGCUUACUUGAGAUGGAGGAGUUUUCAGACGAGACCAGUUAUGGGGGUACAGUUUUUUCAUCCGAUUCUGAUCAAUCUAGUACAAAUGAAGACCUCGCCGAUUUGAAAAGAACAAUGGACGCGUUGACCCAGAGAAUGCGACUUGUAAGCUGUGGUGCUCGAGGGGUCACUAAGUCAAUCGAAAAUAUUGCUAAGGAACAACAAAUCUUGCAGGGGGAGAUUUAUGAACUGAGGGACACAAGAGGACGUAUUGUGACGCCGUACAAAGCUGGAGAACGUGGACGGAUACGAGACUCUGAAACCUUAAACGAAGGAAUUGUUAGUAAUGUCUAUAUGGGUCGUACUUCAACGCCGACCAACGGCAGGAGAAUCAAUUGGGAAGAAAUGUGGAGCUCAAAACUAUGA